AUGGGUCUAAAAACAAUCGACAUCUUGGUGACUUUGCUCUUGAAUUUAAUACAAUACGGUUGCUCUGAGCACAUCCUGUCCUGCAAUGUAACGGUUCUGGAUCCGUGUCCUGCGAACCAGAAGUGUGUUGGUAAAACGAAUCAAUGUGAAUGCCUGGAGGGGUUUGUGCGCGUCGGGGAUGAUUGCGAGACACCGGCGGACGUGUCAGGGUCGCACAGCGGCGCGACGGUAGCUCUAGUAACAAUAUGCACGCUUGCUCUCCUUAUAACAGGCGCUGUGUUGGUAGUUAGGAAGUACAAUUUAGUUGAUUAUGUCCGGCAGAAGAUUGAGGCAAGACGGACACAUGAUGUCAUGUACGAAGACGUUAUGAUCGGUAACGACGACCCGCCUCUCAGCCCCUAG